AUGUCAAGCGAUCAGCAAAUUUACCCCGGCGGAUCCUCAAAUGCGGAGCUCCCCGCCUUAGGGGAACGGCGUGACGAGACCCACGACGAACGCCCCGUAGCGGUGUCAGAACGCUACUGGCGACUGUUCAACGACCCAGGCUUGUCACCCCCUGGCGGCACACCCGCCGACUCCUCGCAAGUGUCGCCCGAGGCCUUUCAUGACCUCGCCCACCAGGUCCGAACUCUGACAAGCAUGGUGCAGACCAUUGUCUCCCAACGAACCCCUCCGCGUGCGGCGAGGCCCUCGCGGCAACAGGAGACUCUCGCCCGGACCCACGCACCGCCCCCAGAACUUCCGGGCUCGCCUCGAAACCCCACAACCCGACCGGGGAGCACGGAAGCCGAGGGCACGGUGAGCCGCCCCGAGCCCGAGGCCCCGACUGCUGACUCGACGAACGCCCUACGGGCCCAGCUGCGCCUCGUCAGUCAAAGGCUGGACGAGGUACAACAUGAGGUUCGUAAGUCAAAAGGAGAACUCGGGACGGACGGACACCAAGGAUCUCCGUUCACCCCCGAGAUACAGGAUCAGGCGAUCCCGCCACACUUCCGCCUCCCUGCCCUGGACGCGUAUGACGGCGCAACCGACCCCGCGGACCAUGUGGCCGCUUUCCGGGCCCAGAUGGCGCUAUUCAGGACUUCAGACUCCCUGAUGUGCCGGGCGUUCCCGAUGACCUUGCGAGGACCAGCCCGCGUGUGGUACAGCGGCCUGAAGCCAGGGACCAUCGCCUCCUUCGACCAGCUCGCCAAGGAUUUCGAGCUUAACUUCCUAGCGUACUCCCGACCAAAGCCAUCCAUGGCGUUGCUCUUGGGGCUCAACCAGAAGGAGGACGAGCCCCUUUCUCACUUUGUGAACCGGUUUACGACGCAAAUCCGUGGAUUAUCGGAUGCUCACCCCUCUCUCUUGAUGCAGGCCUUCAUGACCGGCCUGCGGCCCUCCAGGUUCUUCUGGUCCCUCGUGGAAAGGCCCCCCGUCGCGGUCCCUGAGAUGCUCCAACGGGCCAGCCAGUUCAUCGCCGCAGAAACCUGGAUGGCGGGAAGGCGAGAAGAGCACAGAAAGGUCAAGUCGGAGCCGCCCCGACACCAGCAACCCACCACCUCCCGGCGAAAGUUGGACAGGCCUGACCCAAGGCCUCCUCUUCCCGCCUUGAACUCUUCCCGGACGGAGAUAUUCCUACACGAAAGGGGGAAGGGGCUGCUCAGGGACCCCCACCCGAUGAAGAACCCGCGAGAGCUCGCAGACCGCUCAAAGUACUGCCGAUUUCAUCGUCAGCACGGGCACGACACGGAGCAGUGUUACGAGCUAAAAAGACAAAUCGAGGAGCUCAUCCUCAGAGGCCAUCUCGGCCAGUACCUCCGGCCGAGCAAAGAGCAGUCUCCUCGUCCGGAGGGCCCGGUUGAGCGACACAUCGAUGUCAUAGCCGGGGGCCCCGCAUUCCGAGGAAGUUCUAUGUCGGGCAGGAAGGCCUAUGCCCGGACCGCCCCCGACGAAGCCUCGGGGCGUGAGCCUGAACCCGAGAUCACCUUCCCAACCGGAGCCGCCGAGCGACCCCACCACGACGACGCCCUGGUGAUAUCGGCCAGGGUAGCCAACGCGCAAGUGAGAAGAAUCAUGGUCGACACGGGGAGCUCGGCUGACAUACUCUACUUUGGCGCCCUCCAGAAGCUGGGCCUAGCCGGGGAAAAUUUAAGCCCAAUGUGCUCGGCGCUCACCGGCUUCACGGGAGAUUCGAUAUCACCUCUGGGAGCCAUUACCCUACCUCUGACUCUGGGGACCCCGCCGAAAUCAAAGACUGUCAUGACCACUUUUCUAGUGGUCGACCUUCCCACCGCUUAUAACGCCAUACUUGGUCGGCCGACCCUCAACAAGGUUAGAGCCGUCGUCUCGACCUACUACCGGACCGUCAAAUUCUCGACACGGGAGGGGGUCGGGGAAGUCACCGGAAGCCCCCAAGAGUCCAAGCGCUGCUACCUUACCUCCGUUUCAUUGGGCAAAAGGACUAGGGGAGAGGCGCCUCUAGAAGAUCCCCGGGAGGCAAAAAAGCCGGCCCACCCUGAGCCGAGGGGGUCCACUGUUGACGUCCCCUUGCGGGAAGCACGGCCGGAUCAGACGGUCAAGGUCGGAUCAGAGCUGCCCGAGCAGGAACGGAAACAGCUCGUCGGUCUUCUGCGGGAAAAUGCCGACAUCUUCGCCUGGUCUCCAUCGGACAUGAAGGGAGUCGACCCCAAGGUCGCGGAGCAUCAUCUCAAUAUCCCACCUGACGCCCGUCCGGUAAAGCAAAAGCCCCGACGCCACGCACCUGACCGGCAACACUGCUACCCCCUCCCGAAGAUCGACCAGCUGGUCGACGCGACAGCAGGGCACGCGCGCCUCUCUUUCAUGGACGCCUAUUCAGGAUACAACCAGAUCAGGAUGGCGCCCGAAGACAGGGAAUGCACGGCCUUCCUCACCGAUCAAGGGAUAUACUUCUACAAGGUCAUGUCGUUCGGGUUGAAAAACGCCGGAGCCACAUACCAGAGGACGGUAAACAAUAUGUUUGCCCCCCAGAUCGGGAGGAACAUGGAAAUCUAUGUGGACGACAUGACUGUGAAAAGCAGAAAGGCCAGAACACACCUUGCCGACCUAGCCGAGACCUUCGCCACGCUACGCAAAUUCGGCAUGCGGCUCAACCCCACGAAGUGCGCUUUCGGCGUCACCUCCGGGAAGUUCCUAGGGUUCAUUGUACACCAGAGAGGAAUCGACGCCAACCCAGAGAAAGUACAGGCAAUAAUCGAUAUGCAGUCCCCCCGGAUAGUUAAAAACCUGCAGCGACUCAACGGUAGACUUGUCGCCCUGUCUCGCUUCCUCGCCCGAUCGGGCGAUCGCUGCCUCCCUUUCUUCAAGGAGCUCAAAGACCCGAAGAAUUUCCAAUGGACAUCGAAAUGCGAGGAGGUUUUCAAACAGAUGAAGCAGCACUUGGCCAGCCUCCCUCGACUCGCCUCCGUCAUUCCCGACGAGAAGCUGGGACUCUAUCUGGCGGCCUCCCCGCACGCAGUUAGCUCCGUCCUCGUCAAGGAAAGCUCCGGUGCACAACUCCCGAUAUACUACGUCAGCCACGUCCUGAAAGGACCUGAGGAGCGUUACACGCCGAUAGAAAAACUCGCACUCGCCCUGGUGCUCUCGGCUCGAAAGUUGCGCCCCUACUUCCAAGCGCACUCGGUGGAAGUCGUCACCGACCAGCCCCUCCGGCAGAUCUUAACAAAGUUCGAUGUUGCAGGUCGGCUCCUCAGAUGGGCGGUGGAGCUCGGAGAACAUGAUAUCAGCUACGUGCCCAGAACCGCCAUCAAGGCCCAGGCGGUAGCCGACUUCAUCGUGGAAUUGACUCGGAUGGACAAAGACCUCGAGCGAACUCCUGAGGCUUGGACCCUACACGUGGACGGCUCGGCCAGCUCAAAGGGUGCCGGAGCUGGGCUGGUCCUUCUCGCUCCCGACGGACGCUCAUUCGAACGCUCCCUCCGCUUCGGGUUUAAAGCCACCAACAAUGAGGCGGAGUACGAAGCGCUCCUAGCCAGAUUAAGGCUGGCCCUCGAGAUGCAGGUGGCCGCAAUACACGUCCUCACUGACUCGCAACUCGUGGCCGAACAGCUCAGCGGUGUAUACGAAGCUCGUGACGCGACCAUGGCCAAAUAUCUAGCGCGGGUAAGGGAUCUAACCGCGAAAUUCCCUUACUUCACAUUAUCUAAUUUUCUGAGGGAGGAAAACGGACGAGCCGACGCGCUCGCUAAGCUGGCGUCAAGACGAACCCCCGAAGCAUGGCCGGAGAUAGAGGAGCUUCCCGCUCGCGCCAUUGAGGUAGCAACCACGGCCCCGGGCGGCGCGCCGACCACGUGGGUGCAAGAGCUGCUGAGCUUCAAGCGAGAUGGAGCUCUCCCCCUCGACGAAGUCGCAGCUCGGCGUCUGCGCCGCACACACGCGUGGUACACCGAGGAAAGUGGUCGGCUUUACAGACGAUCCUUCACCUACCCCCUCCUGAGGUGUUUGGAGCCUGACGAAGCCCAGACCGUCCUGGCUGAAACUCACAAGGGGAUCUGCGGCGAACACAUUGGCGGGCGGACCCUGGCGCACAAGAUACUACGCCAAGGCUACUAUUGGCCAACCAUGUGUCGAGACGCAAAAGCUUACGUACAGCGGUGCAGCUCGUGCCAGCAACACGCCCGCGCGCCCCGACAGCCUGCGAUCCCCCUCAGUCCCAUCGACUGCGCAUGGCCGUUCGCCCAGUGGGGACUGGACCUCCUCGGCCCCUUUCCACCGGCCUCUGGGCAGCGGAAGUAUAUAAUCGUGGGAGUGGACUACUUCACAAAGUGGGUCGAGGCCGAGCCACUGGCCACAACUACGGAACACCAAAUGGAGAAAUUCGUUUGGAAAAACCUUGUGACCCGGUUCGGGUUGCCCAGAGCCAUUGUCACCGACAACGGACCUCAGUUCGCCGGCACGAGGUUCCGGGAAUUCUGCGCCGGUCAUGGCAUUCAACUGAGGUUCAGUUCGGUGGCCCACCCUCAGACGAACGGGUUGGCCGAGGUAACCAACUGA